AGACAAAAGGAAUAAGAAAGAACGGAAUCGGAAACAUUCCUGUUCGGUCCACGAAAAUCUGCUGCCAGUGACAAAGUUUUUAUAAACCAAUAUUUUAGUGUAGUCCUGAAUUAUGAGUGAUUGUUGAAAUUACGUGUAUAUUAAUUAAUUCAUUAAGCAGCGUAUUUUGAAUUCUUGAUAUUGAAGCAAAUAGUUUAAAGUGAUAAAUCGUUGAAGUGUAUGAGACUAUUGCAGAUCAUUACCAUCAUUGUGUAAUUUUCAUUGUAAUCACUCACAGCAUCAUAAAUUGAAUCGGGCGAAAAGUCUGCCUAGUCCAAAAAACAGUGCGAUAAAAAUAUUUUUAAGAAAUAUUUUAUAAAGAACCAAUGAAACAAAAAAGCAAUAUAAAUAAAUUGUAAUUCUACAAAGCCAUCGGAUAACUUCGUAUAAAAAACAUCAUAUUAAAAUUGCAAAAACCGAAACUAAAUUUGUCCAAAAACCUACAUAAGCAAACCUUUAAGUGCAAAUAUAAAAACUUCGUUUAUUGCAACGUCUGCAACAAAAAGUUGUUGCAAAAAUACAACAAAAUUCCAACGGCUUACAAUUAAUUAUAAGUUAAAAUCGCAAUAUAUUCGGAAACGCGUUAGCAUAAAAAUAAAUUUCGAUGGGCACUAAUUCAGGAGCAACAACCGGCAUAAAUAAUAAACCCGUCGGUGCGGGUGGUGCAAGCGGUAGUAGCGUUGUUGGCGGUGGCGGCGCCAGUGGUGUAGGUGGCGUUGGCGGUGUUGGUGGUGUCGGAAACAACAGUUUGAGCGGUGUCGUCGGAGCUGGAGGGAUUGGCAUUAGUAAUAAUAGUACGCCCGGAACUGUAGGUCUUGGUACCGGAAGCAAUGGUAGUGAAGAUAGUGGCAAUGGUGGAGGUGGCGGGUCUACCGGCCAGAACAAUCAACAAACUACGCCACAAUAUACCAUACCAGGCAUUCUACACUUUAUACAGCAUGAAUGGUCCCGUUUCGAGUUAGAACGGUCUCAAUGGGAUGUUGAUAGAGCAGAAUUACAGGCGCGCAUAGCAAUGCUAUUGGGCGAACGAAAAUGUCUCGAAAGCCUCAAAUCAGAUCUGACACGACGCAUUAAAAUGUUAGAGUACGCUUUGCGACAAGAGCGUGCCAAAUUCUAUCGACUCAAAUAUGGUACUGAUCCGCCUCAAUUGAAUGAGUUGAAGCCACCAACUGAUGAUGCUGGUCUUGGUAGUGAAGUAGCACCUGAUUCGGAAGUACCAUACAGUUCAGUAUCGAAUACAACUUGGCGGCAAGGUAGACAAAUGCUACGACAGUAUUUGGCCGAAAUCGGUUACACAGAUAAUAUAAUCGAUGUACGUUCGAAUCGAGUGCGCUCAAUACUUGGUCUCAAUAACAACUCCGAACAGGAGGAGAAUGUCAGCCCCAAUAUAAAUGGCAAUGAGAAUAAUAAACGUACUGCGGAAUCAGAGGGUCGUCGCACACCAGCUAAAAAAGCACAACAAAAUGAUGCCAUAAUUUUGGAUACUGAGGCCGCGGUAAUGGCUAAUUUCGAAUUUCUUGGUACUACUGAAAUGUCUGAUGACGAUGAGAUUUCUGACGAUCUCGAAAUGGUCUCUGGCGAAAACGAUGAUACCGAUAUGAAAACAACAAAACGUAACAAAAGUAGCAAGGAUUUGAUAAGCGAAGAUCUUGAUGCCGAGGUUGGGGAGCAGCUUCUGAAUGAUAUAAAUCUAAUAACCGAAGGAUACUCAUCAUCGAAUACGACGGAACAAUUGAACAACACUGCUAACAAUGCAGCUGCCUCAGCCGCGGCCCGGCGCAAUCUCAUUACCGCCGUCACAGCCGGUGGCGAUGAAGAAGUUGACGCCUCACUCGGCCUUGGCGAGCUGGCACAAUUGACGGUGAACAACGAGGCGGAAAGUUCGUACGAUGCGAACGCUAAGGAUGGCACUGGUGGCGGUACUGGUAGCUACCGUAAAACUUGGAACGCUAAAUAUACGCUGCGUUCCCAUUUCGAUGGUGUACGUUCAUUGAUUUUCCACCCGGAAGAACCGGUGCUGAUCACUGCAUCUGAAGAUCACACACUCAAAUUGUGGAAUCUACAGAAAACGGUACAAGCCAAAAAGUCAGCUAGUCUCGAUGUGGAGCCACUAUACACGUUCCGUGCACAUACCGGACCCGUACUGUGUCUCGGCAUGUCCACCACCGGUGACGUUUGCUAUUCGGGCGGUUUGGAUGGUAAUAUUGAAUGCUGGCAGCUACCAUCGCCAAACAUCGAUCCCUAUGAUUGCUACGAUCCGGGCGUACAUUCAGGCACAUUAGAGGGUCACACAGACGCUGUGUGGGGACUGACUACGAUGCAUAGCAAUAUUGUGUCAUGCUCAGCCGAUGGCACCGUGAAACUCUGGUCGCCGUACACCAAGGAGCCGCUAUUGCGCACCUACACUGCUUCCGAGGCUGAAGGUACACCAUCAUCUGUGGAUUUCGUGCGCAAUGAAGUCGAUCACAUUGUGGUGGCGUAUAAUAGCGCUCAUUGUAUUGUGUAUGAUACGGAAACCGGCAAGCAGGUGGUCAAAUUGGAGGCUACACAGGAGAUGUCUGGCAAUACGGGGAAAUUCAUUAAUAAAGUGGUAUCGCAUCCGACGCUGCCUAUAACAAUCACUGCGCAUGAGGAUCGACAUAUACGCUUCUGGGAUAACGUUUCGGGUACGUUGAUACAUUCGAUGGUGGCACAUUUGGAACCGGUCACGUCGCUUGCUGUGGACGCGCAUGGCCUGUAUUUGCUAUCGGGCUCACACGAUUGCUCGAUACGACUUUGGAAUUUAGACAAUAAGACAUGUGUGCAGGAGAUCACAGCGCAUCGCAAGAAAUUCGAUGAGAGUAUAUUUGAUGUGGCGUUCCAUGCUACUAAGCCAUACAUCGCUAGCGCUGGGGCGGAUGGUUUGGCCAAGGUGUUUGUUUAAAUAUGCAUAUUUUGGCCUAAUCAAAAUCAUCAGCAAAACAACCACCACCACCACCAAACAACAACAACCCGCUAGAUAACAAACAUAUAUGUGUGUGUGCGUCAUUAAAAAAUGAUGGUGAAAGCAAUGAGUUGAGAAAAUUGAUUUUAAGAGGACCAUGCGACGUUGAUAAAAGCGACGAAGGAAGAGUAGCAGAGUAAUUUAGUAAAACACGACACGCUGUUAAGAGAGUUAAUGGAGCAGGAGGAUGUCAAAUAGCAAGCAAGCAGUUGAACGAUUGAAGAAUUGUAGUGCAAGUAGAGCUGUAGUUGGUUUAAAUUAACAAAACAGAAGUAACAAAAACAAACAACUAAUUAUAUAUAUAUAUAUGAUACAUUUAUUAUUAUAAAAAUAUGGAUUAAGAAGCAUUUCUACUACAUACAUACAACAACAAAAAGGAAAAUUGCUAUAUAUAUACAUAUAUAUAUAUAUAUAUAUAUAUAUGCAUAAUAAACAAAUAAAUAAAUAAUACAACUUUUCUAAAAACAAACAGCAACUACAAAAUGCAAGAAAAUAAAAUUAAAUUAAAGAGCAUUCAUAAUGACAUGAGUGUUUCCCAUGUCUUAGUAAUUAGAGCUAGAGAGGAUUUGCAAACGCAAGCUAAAAUCGAAUGAUAUACUCAACACAUGAAUGUAUUAAGUAUAUGAAUAAAUAUUAAAUAUAUAUAUAGUUUACAAUUACAAUUGUUUGAUUUAUUUCAAAUUCGAUGCGGCCGUUCUUUUUUCAGGUUUUCGGACAGCUUUUAGCGUAGAUGAAAACAAAUGAGUUUUCGAACAAAAAAUAAAAGCUAAUAAAUUGUAACCAAAAGAAACGUGACUGUCUAUGCGGUGCAUUUAAAAAUGCAAGCCGUAGUAAUAAUGAUCUUAUAUAUGGAUUCAUUUUUUUAACAUAAACAACUAAUAUUUUCAAUUAACCGAGUGUUUUCUUAUAAACUAAUUUUUUCUAAGUUUAAAAUAAAUAAAUAUUGGCGUUAGAAACAGGAAAUUGUUUCAAAUUCGUAUUUUGGCUUUUAUACAAAUACAAUUUUUUUUUUAGAUUUAAUAAUUAGUAAUGGCGUUCUUCAUCACUAAAAGCUCAUUUCUUGCUAACAUCUGCUUAUGAAAUAUAUGUAUAGAAGAAAAUGUAUUAAUACACUAUAUACCCAUCAUUCGGUUGAGUAUAUCAUUCGAUGUAUCCUCCACUUAACAAUUAGCAACAGUAAAAUCGUAUAAAUAUGACUUCAUAUGGUUUAGAAUAAAAAACGAGCAACUACACGAAUGCAGCAAGCAUAAAACUAGUUUAUAAAAUAACUGCUAAUUUUCAUUCGCCUAACUGAUUUUCCGCAAAAUCCCGUCCUAUUCCUAUCACUCGUACCCCGAAAUGUAAAAAAAGUAUUACAUUCAACUAUUAACAGCAAUCCAAUCACGCAACAAGAAAAAAUAGAAGAAAAAUGUACUACAAACAGGCCGCGUAUUAGAGUAUUCGAGUUAUAAUUAAGUAUGAAAAAUAGUGGCAUUUAUAAAAUCGUGUACAUUUUAUGAGCAUAUUAUAAAUAAUAUUUUAUUAUUAACCAACUUUCCGAUACUUCAUCGUGCAUACUUUUUUCUUGCGGAACAGGUUUUCGUUUUUUUUUUGGACAUAAAUAACUGUGUAGACAACUAGACACUGCAUAAAAAUUUAGCAAAAAUUACACGUAGGCAAAACUAAAUGUAUUUUAUAAACGUAAUUCAUUACAAACCGAAUUAGCUUAACGCAGCUCAUUAACCAUAUUAAGCAAACAGUUCAUUAAACAUUUUCAAUGCAGUUUAUACAUUUAUUUAUUGAAAUAGUUGUUGUUUGCAACGACAUGUCUGCUCUAUCUAUUAAGUCCAGACUCAUCUAACUUAUACUCGCAGUUGUAAAUAUUCAUAAUUUGUAAACAUAAUAUUUAUCAUGAAAAAAUGCUAAGUUGGCUUCCAGAAAGAGUACAUUUGCGCUAAAUAAUUCUGUGGUUAAGUAAAGCAAACCAAAUUAUGUCAAUAAUAAUUAAAUAAUUGAAGUAUAUUUUGUGAAAGUUUACAUCUCAAUUGAAUUUAAAAAAUGCCUUGGUUUUAAAAAAACGCUACCUUUCAGUUUCAACUGGCAUUCUUUAAUCAAAUAAUUCCUUUCAGCUUUAAAUGACUGCUAUUAUUACAAUAUUUCAAUAACCAUAAUUCGAUUUCCUUAAAAUUCUCUCGAAAUGAAAAAGCUAAAAAUUAUAAAACUUCCAUAUGCAUUAUUUUCGCUCUAAUUAUCUCUCCAUUGUAUAUCACAUAACUAAAAGUAAUAAAAAAUAGAAACAGUAAAUAUAUUUGUACGAAGGGGAAUAAGAUUAAAAGUAAUAACUUUUGCACAAAUUUAAAAGAAUUAAAACUAAGCUUCGAACAAAAAAAUAUCUGAACACGUAUGCGUAAUGGAAUGAAAUAAAUAAGUUUUCAAAAAAUUAAAUAAAAUUACAGAUGUGUAUGCCAAACAACUCAAUAAUAUUAAGAGACCGCGAACAAAGCAAAUAUUUGUAGUUAUAUAAAACAUAGUAAACCAAAAUAUUAGCGAAGCGCAUACGAAUAUGAAAUUUUCUUUUAUUUAAGUUAAAAAAAGGCAUUGUUACAAUUUAUUUUCAAAACCUCACCCUCAAAAAAGCUUCUUUCUUAUUAUUUUAUUUUCACUUGUUUUUUUAUUGUAAACAUUUUAUGAAAAAUUCCAAUAGAAACGCUGGCGUUUCAAAGGGAUAUUAAUAUGAAGUUUAUGUAGUAUAUGUAUAUAUUUAAAUACUGAUUCAAGGCAUUCAUAAUAUAUUAGCAAGCGUCAUACAACAAUACUCGCUCUUAUAUUCUGGAAAUAUUGCCAAGCAUGGCAUGAAUAUAUAACAAAUGCUAAAUUGACUUUUUACUUUCCGCACCAAACAGGGUUCAGUCCGCGAAAUACCAGCCCUUCACCGUAUAAAAUCCAGGUCAAUACCGGUAACGUAGAACUGGCUUUUGUUAAUUUGUCGUGUGUAGUUGCUAAAACCGGAUAAAAAGUAUUUGUUAUCUUAUUAUUCUAACGUCUCAAAAAAUUGCCGAGUGUAUUGUCUUGUAAAGAUCGGGUACACAAUUUGCUGAAUGGAAAUUUGGAACAUCAAAUUGACUUUUUUUUAUUUUAUUUCUAAUAUCUUUUUCUAAAGCGUACUGUGCAAAUUUGUGCAUAAGUACGUAGCUCGUAGAUGCAUCAUUUUUAAAUUAUACAUUUAUAUGUAUUUUAAUUAAGAGAGUUUUACAUAAUAGAUUCAUGACGAAGGAGCCUAAUGUUCAUAACAUGCUUGUGGUAAGGUGAAAAGAAGAAUCGCUUUUAAGUAGGAUCGCGUAUCCUCAACUCUUACUAUCCCUCGAUGUACACACAUUUGAAAGUAUUUGAAUAUUUUUUAAUUUUUUUGAAUCUUGUUAAAAUAUUUUUAAUUUUUUUUUGAUCUUUUUAAACACUUUAUAAUUUUUUGGAAUCUUUUUAAAUUUUUUAUUUAUAUGUAUUUUAUUUUAUUUUUAUUUUUUUUUUUUUUUUUUUUAUUUUUUCAAAUUUUAUUUUUUUAAUAUUUUUUUUAUUAUUUUAGUUUUUUUUAUAUUUUAAUUUAGUUUUUUUUUUUAAGCAAAAAGCUUUACCAAUGUGGUGGAUGGUAUACAUAUUGUAAUGUACAUAUGUAUGUAUGUAUGAUGGAAAAUAGAGGCAAUUACAUAAGUACACCAGAUUACAGUAGCGGUCGAAAUAAUAGCAACACUAAAAAAUUUGACAUACAGUUUAUUUCAUUUGCUCUCAUUUGAAGUGCAAAAGCGACAUUGGUUUUUAUCAUAUUUAUAUAGAAAUAUGCGUACUAUAACUAUGCAGUUUUGGAAGCGAAAAAAUAUAUAUAUGCUUAGUUUUAAUAAACUGAUAAUAUAUAUUUGUUUAUCCCUUACAUGAUUCCCAUAAAUUAGGCACAACAAUUUUCGACCGUCUCUGCCUUAUAGUUAUGAGCAAUUUACAAAUAAACAUACAGACAACCUAAACUGGACACUUUUAUUUGCCGUUUACUCGAUAAGACGAGAUGUUACGACAAACACAAGUAUUUACAUACUUACAUUAAAAAAAAAAAUAAUGAUAAAAAUUAAAAGAUAUAUGUUGUUUAGUUUUGAAAUGUUUUAUAAGUGAAAACUAUUGAUAUACUUAUAUAAUGAAACUCAUAUAUAAUAUGCAUUAAAUAAACAAUAAUAAUAAUUGACGAAGAAGAGGAGAAGAAAGUAAAAUGAAAUAUGAAUGGUUUGCAAUAUUAACUCUAUAUUUAAAGUUUUAAAUAAGAACGAAAUAAAAUGGGGAAAAAAAUUAAUAAAUAAAAAUAUAUAAAUGGAGUUAGAAAGACACACUCAUGCACACACAUAUGUAUAUUAAGUAGAUAUAAACAAUUUACAAUAAAAAAUAAUAUUGUAUGAUGAAAUAACGCUCUCAUUAUUAUAAAUAGUAAUAUAAACAUACAUUAACACAUGCAUGGAUAAAAACAAAAACAAAAACAUAUACAUACAUAAUUAUAUAAAAAGUAGUAGUUCAAUUAAGAUUGAAAUUAAAAACAAAAAAAAAAAAACAAAAGAGGAAAUAAA